GUGAAAAGACUGGAUUAAUUGCUGUAUCCCGGGUCCGAGAUUGAUAUAGCUGUGCCACGAUAUAUAGCUUCGUCCCAUGGAGUACCCUUCGGAUCAUUUAUACAACAUUCGACCCAAACCUUUCGACAUACCUUCCAUUCUUACCAGUGCUCCUCACAUUCUCGCAUCAUGUGUAUCGGAUUCUGGUCACUAGAUGACCCUAAUUACUGCCUGAUAUUGUGCGCUAAUAGGGACGAGUUCCUGGCCCGUCCAACACUGCCAGCGCGUUUCCACAAUUUCGGCGUAAGACUGGGACCAUCAGAUAAUGAUGUACAGAUUCCCUCAGUCUCUGGAGGCUUUAUUCUAUCAGGCAUCGAUUUAAAGGGCGGAGGGACGUGGUUAGGCAUCAAUAGGGCUGGUCAGAUUGGUUUCUUGACCAAUAUCAUCGAGCCUUCGGACGGGAAGAAGUUUGCUGUCUCCCGAGGAUCGUUCGCCCAGGAGUAUCUCUCCCAUCAUGACAGUACACCAUCCCCUCUGCUCAGAUACCUUAGCGAGCACUAUGAUGGAGAUACGACGCACCUUGAGAGUGCCGGUUUCAACUUCACCCUCUUCGCACCGAAACCGUCGAGAUCAUCGGGUUGGGAGUACGAGGCUGCUCUGCUAACCAAUCAUGGUGGCCAUGGCCGCUUGACAUACCGUCCCAUCUCUGCCGAUGAAUGCCACUGUGGCGGAAUAUCCAACGCCAUAGAUGGAAGCCCUGUGGAUGGCCUCGGUCAAACAGGACCGUGGCCGAAGACAGAUGUUGGUCGUGCACGAUUCGAAGGGAUACUUAAGGCUCGAAAAUCUUCAAGUUCAGACCUAACCGAUGAUGAGCAAGAAGUAGCUCUCAUAGAAGCCCUCAUGGAACUCAUGGGAUGGUCGCCACCAUCUUUCCAUCCUUCUCAAGAUCAUCUUCGUGACUCCAUCUUCAUCCCUCCCUUCAAUAUUGUGCCUUGUGUUUCCACCCCAAUCAAUCCUGACGCUUCACCGGAACCGCCUUCAACGCAAACAAGCAAACUUUGCGGCACCCGUAUAACUACCGUAAUUUUGAUUCGGAGAGAUGGAAAGGUCUGCUUUGUGGAGAGAGAUAGAGCCACGCUGAAAGGAGAUGGAGGCCCCGGCGAUGUGACGGAGGUCUUCGGUUCGAGAGGAAAAUCGGAGACACAACGAUUGUACAGGUUUUCUCUUCAAUAGCGGGUUGCCGAGUGGACUAUAACUUCUUGCCCGAAAACGUUAUCAUCAACAAGGACUUCCAUCGAUGUCUUUUAACCAGGGUUGUAUAUUAAUCCAGGCUCGCAAAAUACCACCGGAAUUUCAAUUUCUGUGUUUUGGCAAAGCGCAGAUAGAAUUGU